AAUUAUUAGACGCAUGUUGUAGCUAGCUAACGUUACCAUAACAGUCCCAGUGUGUAGCUGUCAGUUGUUGUCUUAAUAAUGAAGCUCGCGCUAGUGUAAAGCUCGGCGUAGUAUCCACUGUUACUGUUAUGGGUUGAACGGCAGUUAAAUAUGACAGUAAUGUGUUUAUGAAAUGACGUCAUGUUAGAGUUGCUGUGGUUUACAGCAGUAGGGUAUGAUGUCAGCUGUUUGAGGAGCCGUGAAGCAGCCCCGGUAACGUUACGCUUCGCAUUUCAGAGGUCUGUUAAAGAGAAUGUCACCAAACCCGGAAGUGGCCACUGUCACUCCUCUCAUUUAGCAUGUCCCUCACAGGACCCUGCUGAAAGGCUGGUUUUAAACACUUCUGGCAUAAGAUUUCACCGGGUCCGUCUGAUUGGUGGCGAUUUCACUUGAACGGGACGGCGCAAAACGAGAAGCAUUCGGACCCCAAGUAGACGGAAGGAAUGAGUCGUAGUGCGAGGCCCUCGAUGGAUAGCCUGGACCCUGAGAGCCUGUAUGCGUCUCCAGAGCAGACAGGACAGCCCCACCUCACCCUCCCCACCUCCGAGGUCUCCAACUUGGCACUAGGGGGGAACAAAUUGCAGUGCCGGUUCGACAUGUGCGAGCCCCGCAGCUUCUUGGGUUUUGAAGUGAAUGCGCACGUUAACGGUAGCAUUGCUACAGCCUAUGCAUAUGGGAAGAAGAUGAACGGGUCUCUGGAUCACCCCGACCAGCCAGACGUUGAUGCCAUCAAGAUGUUUGUGGGGCAGAUCCCUCGCUCCUGGUCGGAGGAGCAGCUGCGGGAGCUGUUCGAGCCGUACGGAGCCGUCUACGAGAUUAAUGUCCUCCGAGACCGCAGCCAGAACCCUCCGCAGAGCAAAGGCUGCUGUUUUAUAACGUACUAUACUCGCAAAUCAGCCCUGGAAGCCCAGAAUGCACUGCACAACAUGAAGAUUCUCCCAGGGAUGCACCACCCAAUCCAGAUGAAGCCCGCUGACAGUGAGAAAAACAAUGCAGUGGAAGACAGAAAGCUGUUUAUUGGAAUGAUCUCCAAGAAGUGUAACGAGAACGACAUCCGGCUGAUGUUCUCUCCGUACGGACAGAUAGAGGAGUGCCGGAUACUGAGGGGCCCCGACGGACUCAGCCGGGGUUGUGCAUUUGUGACGUUCACAGCCAGACAGAUGGCCCAGUCAGCCAUCAAGUCCAUGCACCAGUCCCAGACCAUGGAGGGCUGCUCAUCGCCCAUUGUGGUGAAAUUUGCGGACACUCAGAAGGACAAGGAGCAGAAGCGCAUGGCUCAGCAGCUGCAGCAGCAGAUGCAGCAGCUCAGUGCUGCCUCCAUGUGGGGAAACCUCACCGGCCUCAACAGCCUGGGGCCACAGUAUCUGGCACUCUACUUACAGCUGCUGCAGCAGUCAGCCUCCCAAGGGAACGCUCUCAACAACCUGCACCCAGUUUCAGGUCUUAAUGCCAUGCAGAACCUGGCUGCUUUAGCAGCAGCUGCCACUGCCACACAGGCCACGCCCACAGGCUCCAGCGCCAUGACAACCUCUAGUAGCCCACUAUGUGCACUAACAAGCUCAGGCUCCUCCCCCACCUCCAGCAGUAACUCCUCACUGAACCCCAUGGCCUCUCUGGGGGCCCUGCAGUCCCUCGCUGCUGGGGCUGGAGCCGGCCUUAACAUGGGCUCCCUGGCAGGUACGGACCUACACUGGACCCGUCCAUCUGCACUGCUUAGAUCACGGACAGGAAGCAUGGCAGCUCUGAAUGGCAGCCUGGGCUCUGGAGCUCUGUCUAACGGCUCAGGAAACACCAUGGAGGCUCUGAGCCAGGCGUACUCCGGCAUCCAGCAGUACGCUGCCGCCGCCCUGCCCAGCCUCUACAACCAGAGCCUGCUGUCCCAGCAGAGCGUGUCCGCCGCAGGCAGCCAGAAGGAAGGUCCAGAAGGUGCCAACCUGUUCAUCUACCACCUGCCGCAGGAGUUUGGAGACCAGGACCUGCUCCAGAUGUUCAUGCCCUUUGGAAAUGUCAUCUCUGCUAAAGUCUUCAUCGACAAACAGACAAACCUCAGCAAGUGUUUUGGGUUUGUGAGCUAUGACAACCCCGUAUCCUCGCAGGCCGCCAUCCAGUCCAUGAACGGCUUCCAGAUCGGCAUGAAGCGGCUGAAGGUGCAGCUGAAGCGCUCAAAGAACGACAGCAAGCCGUACUGAACACUUAGCUAGGCAGGGUGCUGUUAUGGUAAGUGGAGUGUGAAUAACGGAGCCUGGCCCACUCAGAACUGGUCUAUGCAUUACAGGGUGACGCUGCUCUGCCUCUGGGCACUCACAUGUCCAGCGGGUCACAUGACGAAGAGCUUUCAGGCUACACUGGAUUGUUCAUGUGCUAUGUUGUGGUUUGUGCACUUUGUUUUCCUUUCACUAAUAAGACAAACAGGUGUUUUUUUUUAAGUUGAAAUGUUAUCAGUUUGCUGUGGUACUUUAUACACAUAUGAGUUGAUUGUUAGGACGUGUUGCACAUUGACAGUGUGGUCAGAGCCGUGCCAAAUCCAUCUUUGUUUCCUUCUUGUUUACCCCCCCACCCAGACUGAGCAGUAUGCUCCUGAAAACAGGCAGAUGAACAGAAAUCAUAACUACGUUUACUUUACAUUUUCUCAAACCUGCUUUUAUAUUAAACACUUGUAUUAUCUCUUAAAAUAGAGACAGUGUAUGUGAUAUGCGCCUACAUUAGAUGUAAGGGUCAGGGUAAGUACAGAAGCUGACAUCGUUCAUGAGGAGGAGCUCCACUCAAACAUGCUCAGAGAUUUUAGACAUAUUAGUCCUCACUGUGUGAGUUUGACGCAGUAUGUGUGUGUUGCAGUUGUGCAGCAGUGUGAUACAGACUGAAUGCUUCUCUCUAUCUGAGUGUUGCUGCUGCUGCUGAAGGGCUUGCAUUUAGCAAGGUGCCUCAAGUGGAUUCUGCACAUCAUACAACAUAUAGGUUUAGCUGUAAUCAAACAUUGGCUGGAUAUGAUCGAGUGGUGCAGGAAUGAGUCCUAAAACCCUGGAUAUAAGUCAGUAUUUUCCAACAUCCGAUUCGAACUUGUUUAUGAUUAGAAACCUGAAAUAAGGUCUGUGGUUAACACAAGCAAAAAAGAUGUUCAUGUGUUAGCUAUAUAACGUAUAGAAUAUGUUAAUUAACCCCCCACUGGUGAAUGUCUGAAGAUCCUAUAUGGCAUAAAACAGAGGUUGCUAACAAGUGUAUAAAUGAGAUGACUAAACGCCAUCACACCAAACAUUAGCUGCCUUAGCUUAGUCUAAUGCUGAUGUGAAGUCAAGUAGUUCCUUUAUAGGCUGACAUUAGCUUUUUACUUCUGGAGAUUUUGCGUUUUGUCGGCCUAAAAAAAGACAUCAUCACUGCACCAUUCUGUAGCUAGAGGCUGCUCCUUUAGUUAUUGUGCUCUUUGAUCUGGACGUCAGACGGACUCACUUCCACUGCAGAUGGAAUUGUACUUAAGUCUUGAGAUUCCUCGAGGACAGAGUAUGAUUCAGCGGAGCUCCUCCUCUGCUGCUGAUGUCAGCUGUUCCUGGGAAUACUGUGAAGUAAAAACCAAACAUGAUAGGUCUGUUACCUUCAUCUGAAUAACCCAGAGUCUGUCUGAUGCACAUUCAUUACUUUGUUUGAAUCUAUUUGAUGGUUUUAGUAACUUUCUACCCUGAAUCCUGGUGUUGAGUAAAGAAUCACCAACACCCCUCAGCAACUGUCCUGCUAGCUAACAGCUAGCUAACCUACAGAGGGCUACACCACUGUGUCUCUCACCGAACUCUUAUUCAUAUCAAUGUCAACUUGCUCAAGGCAAACCUGUUAGUAACGUAGAGUUGCAAAAAAUUGUGUUUUAAUUUUAUAGAACUAGGAAGUGAGACAAUUGUUGAGAUGUAUAUUUAAACUAUUAUGCCUUUUUUAAUUUUGUUAUAGGUUUUAUACUUCCCCUGUGUGUCGGGGAACUAUUUAUUGCCUAAAUUAUUUAUCUGAAUUGAAAUUAUUUUUGAAAGACAGAUGUUUAGUCCAACAGCUGAAUCUGAUCACCGGUGUGUGUGUCUUUUCCUUGCCUGUUUGGUGAUGUGUACUUUGUGUCAGUGUGGCAUGGACUGUGUGUGUAGGAUCCAUCAGUGCUGCUGCACACUUCUUAGAUCUCCUUCUCUGUCAUAUAUGCCUUCAUCUGAAUAAACCACUCAUUUUACAAAAACA